AUGAGAGAAUGCUACCAGGUCUGGCUGUGCUGCUGCUCAUCUGCCUCCACGUGCGUGCGCAGGGGAAGCCGUGGUCACAGGCAGCGAGAACAGGCUGCGCUCCACCAGUCCCCCAACAGCCCACGAGAUCCCAGGCUCCUGGAGGCCGGGGGCUCCAGCGUACAGAGCCUGUCUCUCUCCGACAGCCACCUGGCAGAGCUGGACGGUGACACGCUGCGCCUGUUUGGCCCCGGGGCUCUGGAGGCCCUGGAGAGAGGCUGGGGGGUCCAGACAGCUGGGGCCGUCACGGUCAUAACCUUCCGCUACAUCCACUUUGACGCCAUCGUGCCAACACUGCCACGCAUAAGAGUCAAGUUCCCCAAUUUAGCGCAUCUCGUCUUCCUAGAGAGCAACCUCAGCCGUCUGCCCCAGCUGGCAGCGCUGGCCCAGGUGAGGCGUCUGGACCAGCUGACCAUCCACCCCGAGGGCAACCCCGUGGUCAGCCUAGCGCUGUGGCGCUCCUUCCUCAUCUACCGCCUGCACCACUUCAACUUGCAGAGGGUCAACGGGCUGGAGGUGACCAUGAAUGACGUCAUCACUGCCGAACGUUUGUUUGGGACGUUAGGCCACAUCGCUGCCACAGAGACCCCUCGCUGUCGUCUGCUUCUACUGCUGGAGGAGUCCAGGAAGCGUCAGCUGCAGUUCCUGCUGGACGGCCGUGGGCGCCGGGCGGGCCUCAGCCCUGAGGAGCUGAGAGAGAACGGCAGGCUUCUGGGGGAGGGCCUGAGCAGAGCGCUCUUCAACUACCCCAGCCGAGAUUGCAGCGCAGAGAGUCCCGAGGAGGGCGGUGUGGAGUCAUCGGAGCGCAGCGCUGUGGCGGAGCAGUACCUGCGUGAGCUGGUCCAGAGGGCCUCUGACACCAACCUGAAGGGCGAGGCCCUCCACAAGCUGUGGCCCUCAAUGUUCACAGACAUGGUGAGGGACUGCGUGCUGGAGAUGAAGGACCAGCCAGCCUUCCGCCAGGCCUCCCUCGCUAGGCUCUCCCAGAGCAAGUGAGGGGAGGGUGGGAUUAGGGCGCCCAGGAAGACAGGCCUCUUCCAUGCAGACCCACAGCUGUCCCGCAUACAGAUCCAUCUGGAGCACUUAACUCUAGCGCAGUCUCACUCUCCCCCUCCGUUGUACUACGUCUAACCUCUCGUUAACCCCUCUAACUUCAAUAUUCCCCGAUCAAGUCUUUAGAAAUGUCUUGAAGGUUUUUUCCGAAACUGAACUUCUGUCUUCUGGAGAUGGACUUCUGGAGAUGGACUUGUCGUUGAGGCCCCUCGUGACAGAAACCUCACGGUUGAAUGUACAUGUUCACAGAAGUGACUACUAUAUCAAUGUCUGUUCUUAGUUUGUUCCCAUGUAAACUGUCUUGCAGUUCAGAAUGGUCCGACCGGCUGAAAGACUUUGUGACUGGCCAUUGUGUGUGUGUGUGUGUGCGCGCGCAUCGCCACCCUUAAGGAACACUCUCUGCACUUUAAGAUGACUUCUGUUAGCUUUCAAAACGAAAGACUCUCCUCACCAUCAUCUCCAGCAGAAGGUGACUGUAACUGGUCUCUCAUUGAGACUAGAAUGUUUGUUUUGGUCUUACGUUAUCCUCUCCCAUGUCACUCUCUGUCACACUCUCUUGCCUGGGCGGGCGUGGUGCGAAGCUGGCGUGACACGAAGGGCACAAAUGACACGUUUUCUUUGAGGACCGUUUAUUUUCUGUAACGUCCUUAGUAUUAAAAUAUUCCCUAACGCUAAUGUUUUCUAUAUAUGAUUUGGCUGUUUAUUGACUCUGCAGGGGGAAAAGAGCAAUUAUCUCGACACAGCAAAGGAAGAGGCUCCCAGAGGUGUCUUUCAUCUUUUGGUUUGUUUUUCUCAUAAAAAAAUAAGCAUCAAUACACAACAUCUAUGUUAAGUCUUCUGGUGCUCCCAGGGAAGGAUGCUAUCUUAUCUAACACUUAUCCAGGCUGACAGUCCAACCGGAGGCGCAGUUAUAUUUGGGUCCACCUCUCGAGUACACUGUAGCACUCCAGUUUAACCCCUCUUGCUACCUCUCGACUCCUUUGAUUAUCUUUGACAUUAUCUUUUGAUGUUCCCUCCCAGCUCUGCACAACAUCACAGGUGAUCUGGAGCUGAGCUUAUGCUAUGAGACAGGAGCUCUCCCUCUGCAUGUUGUGCCAUGCUCAGGAAGGUCCAGGGCUUGCUCAGGGUCCUGUGGGCUGGAAUGUCCCUGUAGGCAUAGUGAGAGCAUACAGUACCUGGGGCCCGUUCCAUUCCGGAGAGGAAUUUCCUUGUACAGUAAGUGCUCUUUUUCAGAUCCCUUCCCAGAUCUGAUUAUAGGGAUUGGGAUUGGGUAAUUGCCAUGGUAGAUACACCAAGGAGUAGGUGGGCAGAGCCAUGUCUGAGGUCUGGGAAGGAUAUUGAACAAGGGUUUGUUUAGGAAUGGAAUUCAGCCCUGUACUGUACUUGCUGCACCUCACUCAUCCAGCUCUCCCUGCUCACCUCACACCCCUCUCUCACCACCCCCCCCCCAAAAAAAGAGGCCCCAACUAGCACACACACAGUCAGUCAAGAAUUACCAAGAUGUCCAACAUCAACUGCAGCCUUCUGUAGCCUUAAGGAGGAGUGGUGAAAAGGGAAUCUGGAUGUGUCUAAGAGAAUAGUGACGGGUCAGUAUUAGAGGUACCCCAAAGGUUUUCCCUGGAAUGCUAAAUGCCCAACUGGGACUCAAAGUGCACUGUAAGCUCCAGGCACCCAGUCAUUUCUCCACAGCCCUGGCUCCUCCAUAACUGCCUUACUCAGAGGUAAAAACGCAGUUAGUAACUGGAGCUGUCAAACACUUUUGACAUUUGCUGUUAUUGCAUAUUUACACAGUACAGAGCGAUUUAUAUCUGCUAAGUUCUAAUAAGAGCAAGAAAGGGCAGUGCCUUGUUUGUUUCCCUUAUCGACGGGUACGUUUACAUUUUGACAUUAAUUACAUGUCAUUCAUUGUGCAGACGCUGUUAUCCAGAGUGACAUACAAUCGUGCGGAUAGAAUGUACAGUUGCAAAUCAAAGAUCAGAAGUGCGCAGUUCUAAUAGUAUUUCAGUGAUAAAAGUCAAGGAACAGUCUGUAUUUACCAGGCACAGUGCAAAAUAAUCACAUCUCAGCGAAGUAAAGAUGUGGUAAUGAUAAGGUAGCGUGAUAAUGACUGAAAAAUGCGCAACUAUUUCAAUACCAUACCAACUUGCAAUCACUCAAAUGGCAGGAGGUUGGUUGUCGCCCCAAAGCUCUUGUCUGAGACAUGCAAACAAACACACGGCAUGACAAGUGACAGCACGCUCAGAAGAGAGAGAAGAAGAAGAAGAAGAGAGAAAAGAAGGAAGUAUCUCUUGGCGUGUGGGGUGUUAAGAGAUGCUGCCAGGGCCCGUGUUCCCAGGGCUGGAGCUGGGAAGGGACCAACCAGCAGAAGUCCAUCAUGAGGCCCAUACGACUUAAUGAGUUACAACUAGUAACUGUGUCUGAAUGCUGGACAGACUUUUACUCUGACAGAGUACUUGUUCCCUGCCAACCGUAAAGACCAGAAGGGCGUGAGAACUACAAUUCCUAACGUGAAGUCCGUUCUGAGAGUUCAGAACUCUGGGACAGACGGACCCGGCUGAAUUCAGAAAAUAAAACAAAGGAUGACCACAGAGAAAUCUACCAAGAAACAUCUUGAAAAGACACAUUGGGAACUGGAGCGUCUCGCGAAGCAAACUCUUACAAAGUUUCUAUUUCUGUAAGGUUCCCUGUUAACACUGCAGGAUACAAGCAAAACAGCAGGGGUGUUUGCAGUAUCGCAGACCUACAUAGUAUCUGUCAUGUCAAAAGGUUUAAUUAAUGUUGUGACCUGAGAAUAUCAUUCCAUGUAGGGACAACCGUCAGGGAAGAAUAUGCCCUCUAAUCUGCUUGAUCCCUUCAUACCGGCUAGAGAAGAGAAAGCCCCAAGGAACACCAACUGCUCAAAUCAACGGGAGUUGGGAGCACUUUUGAAUGAUUAUUACACUCACAAAUAAUGAUUCAGCCCUCUGAGGAGCCGUUAGAAAGGCCGAGGGGUGCUGAAGACGCAAUUGUGUUUUUUUUACUGUUGAUUGUUCUUCUACAAGUACAGUCUUGCACUUUU